GUUAGGAGUAAAGCAAAAAGUGUUUAUUAAAAUCUCGCCCAAUUUUCAUUCAGGCCUGUUCGCGAUUGCGCACUGCACAGGACGUCGUGCCAGCAGUAGAUCUGCACAUCACAUACCAGGAUGACUGCUGCGUCUCAUUGUGCAGUCGGUGCUCCGUCCAUGUGAUAUUCGAUCAGCGGGGGCGAGCAGGUCCGACAACACCGAGCAGCUCGUCACGCAGUUCUUCUGGUCCAAAAUGGCGCUAUGUUUACGUCUCCGCAUAAUCGUUUAUUAUCCCUAGCAUGUCUAAUGGAGCGCUUCGGUUUUAUUCACGACGUUUAGCUACAACACCAGAGAUUGACGAUAAACCGUGCACACGGUGAUGACUGUCUAAGCAGAUCUGUGGCUAUAAAGUGAUCCAGCAGCAGCGGGAAGGAUGCAGGCUGAGGCCACAGACUCUUCGCUCAGAGAGGGCAUAGAGGCUCUGGGUGUGAAGGACACCGAGAGACCUACAGCAGACCAGGAGGAGGCGGGCGACACGGAGCAACAGGACACCGAGAUGACUGCUGCCACGGAGGAGGAAGAGGAUACUGCGAGCAAGGACGAAAAGGAUGGAGACACAGAUGCAGCAAAUGGAGAGGCAAACAAGGAUGAACCUCAGGCAGACACAGGCGUGGACGGAGAAGAGGGAAAGCAGGAAGCGGUGGAGGACGGCGAAUGGGAGAUCCCAUACAGCGAUGAGGAAAUGGAGGACCCCAAAAACUGGAUGCCCCCUCCCGCUGAGAUCAAAAGACUCUAUGAGAUCCUCGCGAAAGGCGAGAUGCUGGAAUUGGACUUUGUGCCCCUUCCUAGGAGGUCGCUUACGCCUGAACGUAAGCCCUCACCCGAAAGAGACGACGAGGACGAUGCAGCAAAGGAAAGGGAGAGGGAGGAGAGAGAGCGCAAGCCACCUUCUCCAACUGAGUUUGACUUUGAUGAAGAGCAAAUGCAAGCCACUCCCAAAAGCUCCUUCAUCAACAGACGCAGAACACCAGGAUCUUCAGCCCGCGCUUCUGUGAAAAGGGAAGCUCGGCUAGACAAAGUACUGUCAGACAUGAAGCGCCACCGCAAAAUCGAGGAGCACAUCAUGCGCACUGGCCGAGAUCUCUUCAAGACGGAGAAGAAGCUGGAGGAGGCUCUGUCUCCUAACAGUCAGAAGGAGCGGGAGAAAGAAAGGGAACGUGACAGCAACCCCAACACCAUCUUCUCCCCGAGACAGAGGAGAUACUGAAGUAUUAAGAGACGAGGACUGGCCCUGAGGCAAAUUAGGCCAAAAUCUUUCUGAGGCUUUCUCAAAACUUGAAUUUUUUUUAAUGUAACAAGUUUUGUAUGUUUUCUAUGUGUGUUUUGUAUAUUGGCAAUAAAUAUUUUAACCCUGGAGAAUGUUAACUGUUCUGCAGUCAGUGUGCAGUAAGCGUGGGUCACAAAAAUCCCCCGUAAUUGUAUAUGAUCAUCAGUGAAACUUAAGUUUGUGGAGGACUGGGGGAUAUAAUAAUAAGAUCGAAAUGUAUUUAUGCUAAUGCACUGAAUCAAAUACAUUAUAUGACAUCACAUUAAGUCAAAAUUGUAUGGAUUAAAAAAAACAUACAAUAAAAUUUGUAUAGUUGUGUUUACAGA